GGAGAGAGGGUGUCUGUAUCGGAGCAUCUCAACACAGGACUUCAGGUCCAUCUGUACAAUGCGGAGGGAGUGGAUCAGCUCCAUGGCCACCCGUGCGCUCCUCUUGGGCAUCCUCCUCCUGCUGUUACCCACGCCCGCCACUGCCCCCUGCUACACUGCUGCACGCUCCGAGUGCCGACGUGUUCGCAAGUUAGUGCCGGGCUCAGGGCUGGCAGGGGAGGGCGUGGAUGUGACCAGUCUCAAGCGCUCAGGCUAUUUCCUAGUGGACACACUGCGCUACCUGAGGCCGGACGGCACCUGCACCCUCUGCCGCAAUGCCCUGCAAAGGGGUGCCCUCCAGCUCUUGCCCUUGGCACUUACUGACUGGCGUGCCCAGGGCUCAGGCUGCCAGCGUCACGUGGCCAGUGCCAAGGCCAGCUCCACGGAGGCCGUGGCUGGGCAGGCGGCCAGCAGCAUCCGCAAUGACUGGAGUGUGGGGCUGGAAGUCAAUCCCCAUCCCAGCACCAGUCAGCGUGUAGCAGUGGCCGGCUCGCACUCCAAGGUAGCCGACUUUGCAGCCGAUAAAACCCGCCAGGACAAAUACAGCUUCAAUACUGACAUGGUGGAGUGUCGUUUCUACCGUUUUCACCUGGUACACUCUCCCCCACUGAACCCCGAUUUCAAGAGGGCCCUCAGGGACCUGCCCCCCCACUUCAACACCUCCACAGAGCCCAGCUACUUCAGGCUCAUCAGCAACUACGGCACUCACUUUAUCCGCUCCAUGGAGCUUGGCGGCCGGAUCUCAGUCCUCACCGCCCUGCGCACCUGUGAGCUGGCCUUGGCAGGGCUCACAACGGAUGAAGUAGCAGACUGUCUGGAGGUCGAGGCUGAGGUCAGCAUAGGUGGCCGCGCCAGCUCCUCAUCUCAACUUAAGGCCUGUGAGGAGAAGAAGAAGCAGCACAAGAUGGGGACCUCCUUCCACCAGGCAUACAGGGAACGCUAUUCCGAAGUAGUAGGCGGCCACCACACCUCCACGCAUGACCUGCUGUUUGGGAACCAUGCUGGGCCCGAGCAGUUCUCAACCUGGGUAGCCUCACUGCAGGACAGCCCCGACCUAGUGGACUAUACCCUGGAGCCUCUGCAUGUGCUCUUGGAGAGCCAGGACCCACGGCAGGAGGCGCUGAGGCUGGCCGUGAGCAAGUAUGUGACACACAGGGCACGCUGGAGGGACUGCAGCCGACCCUGCCCCCCGGGGCAGCAGAAGAACCCCCGUAACCCCUGUCAGUGUAUGUGCCACAGCUCAGCGGUCACCAACCAGGACUGCUGUCCCCAGCAGAGGGGCCUGGCCCAUCUGGAGGUUAUGAACUUCCAGGCAGCAGGUCUGUGGGGAGACAUAAUCACUUCCACGGACGCCUAUUUGAAGGUCUUCUUUGCAGGCCAGGAGCGGAGGACAGGUACAGUGUGGAACGAUAACAAUCCCCGGUGGAUGACACAACUGGAUUUUGGGGAUGUGCUUCUGCCCACAGCGGGGCCCCUGAGAGUGCAGGUCUGGGAUUCAGACUCCGGUUGGGACGAUGACCUGCUCGGCACCUGUGACCGGGCGGUAGUGUCAGGCUUACAUAAGGUGCACUGUAACCUGAAUCAUGGUCACCUGAACUUCUUCUACCAGGCUAAAUGCUUGCCUCACCUGACUGGGAAAACCUGCCUGGAGUACGCCCCCCAAGGGCUUCUGGGGGAGCCUCCAGGAAACCGGAGUGGAGCAGUGUGGUGAAAACAGUAGGCCUUGAGAGGACCAGUAUGCCCACACUAAAGGAGUUCUCACAGAGGUAGCCAGGGCCUAUCCAUCUUCAUAUCCCCAUUAGACAGAUGGAAAACUGAGGCUUUUUUUUCCAAUGAGGCAGCUGAAUUUAUAGGCCAGCCCUGAAUCUCUUCAUCCAAACUGCCUUGGUUCUCAGCUAUUCUUGAGCCCAGGAAAUGAGCUGGAACUGAGUCAUGAUGUACAGUCACUACCACACAGGCCUCAGCUUAGCUCAGGGGCUGGGCAGAGGCCAGGAGGCCGUUCCCAGCCUCCUGGGAUGCUUGGUGUCAUUUAAGACCCUCCCUUGAAGCCCUUUCUAGCAUGGUGAAUUCAUCGUAUUAGAUCUUUCUGCCCCCAGCUGCUCUGUUUGCCCUGUCUUCUUUGCCCACCAAGUUUUGCCCCUCAGAUAAACUAAGGGCUAUCUUGCAUCGCUCAUUGUGUACACAACCUGACAGAGGACCAAUAAA